CUUCAAUGAAUUUAAAUGCUCAAAUUAAAAAUUGCUUGCUCGUUUGUUUCACACUGAUCGUUUUCAAUAUUGCCCCAUUAAUGAUGGGCCAUUAAUCUAAUGAGCUUGAUUUCGAUUAACUAAUUUUAAAAGGAUAAAUAAAGAAGAAGGAAAAAGAGGAAACAUUUUGGUGAAUGGAAACAAAAUGAGAUCGACUUCGAUUCCUCUAAUUUUAGCCGUUAUUUGGAUUGGAUGUGAUUGUGCCAAAAAUGCCAUCAAUUCGUGUAUUUAUUCUUCGGGCAAGAAUGUUGUGACUUUCAUUUGUUCAGAUUACAAAAAUGAGCGGCUUUUCCAUGCCAGUACCACACAUCGUUGUGAUGAAGGAGACGUUGAUUUGGAGUUCAACAAAGCGAACAUCAAAACAGUUGACUUUCACAAUUGUGAAUUACAGCAUAUACCCAGAGAAUUGUAUGAGGAAUACGGCGGGAUUCAAGUGUUAAACAUAUCCCAUUUAGGAUUGAAGUGGUUGUACCUGGAAGAAGCUCGCAGAUUGGUCAAACUGUUUGCAUCACACAACAAGUUGAGAAUGAUUCCAGAACAUUUAGGUGGAAUCAAAGUGAUUGAUCUGUCGCAUAAUGAAAUCGAUGACAACGCUUCGGAUAUUUCUGAAUUUUCUCGCAAAAAUUUAUUCCUAGAGAGUAACAAAGUUUUUCAACUGAAUUUGUCGUAUAAUCAAUUUAGUAAAUUGAGCGCUGGAAUAUUUGGAAAAUUCAAGAAUUUACGCCAUUUAAAUAUGUCACACAAUCGCAUCACGAAAAUUGAGCCGAAGACGUUGAUGCAUCAAACGAAAUUGGAAUCACUAGUGCUGUCGUACAAUUUGUUGAUUACAAUAAGCAAUAAUAUUUUUCCAUUCCAAUCGAAACACCUGAAAUCGCUAUUCAUUGAAGGCAAUAAUCUACUGCAAACGAUGAGCGGCUUUACACCAUCGAACUAUCCCAAUUUGGUGAUUAUCAAUACGAAGAAGAUUAAGGUAGAUCAAUCAAAAAAUAUUUCCAAUAAAGUGAUGAUCGUGAAGCACUAAAAAUAAUUUCUGAUGUUAUCGAUUCUGUAAAUGUUCAUAAGUUGUCUUUGAUUUGAGUAAAAGCUGAAUUGAUUCAACCGAAUCGACAAACUGAUGUUUUUAUUUUCUAUGGAAUAAACGAAUGACUGAACAAAAUGUUCUGUUUUAAUAAGUAUCACACUCCGUUAGAUGGCGGCAAAACAAUCACAUAGAAUGCAACUUCCAGUUUGAAUGAUGGAAUGACUGGAAUUGACCUUUGACAACUGUCGUUAAGGAUAAUCAGUCACAAGUCACAUUGUUUCAACGAAAUUUGUUUUAGAUACACUCGAUCGGCUGCUCGAUCAUCGUUUGGUAUUCGUUUAAUGUAGCAAAAAGUCUUUUGAACAUUUAUUGUAAUUUAAAAUAAAUAAA